CGCCGCGCGCUCCGCGGUGCCGCUGCCCGGACGCCAUGAGGGAGGCGGAGGUCAGGAGGCUCCUGGCUGCCAACCUGCUCUGCGCUCUGGCCAUCGUCCUGGCCACACUGGCCCCGGCUUUCUUCCUGGACGGAUUCAGCGUGCUGGGAACGCACCUCACGUGGCUGUGUGUUUGUUCUGUUUGUGUUGCUACCCUUAAUAUAAUCUUACACUUAGUCCUUAAACCAAAUCGGUCUCCUAAGAGACGUUCCUUUGGUCACAAGAUAUCCAGAUUUCUAAAAUGCUGUAUAUACUUUUUCAUGUCUUGCAUACUGUUUCAUGCGAUUAUUGUUCUUUAUGGAGCACCUCUCAUAGAGUUAGUGACUGAGACAUUUUUGUUUUCAGUUCUUCUGUCUACAUUUACUACUUUACAAUGCUUGUGUUUGCUGGGACCAAACAUACAGGCAUGGAUACGGGUAUUUAGUAAAAAUGGGGCUAUGUCCAUAUGGGAAAGCAGUCUACAGAUUACUUCUGUGUGCAGUAUACUUGGAGCUUGGUUUGGAGCAUUUCCUAUUCCUCUUGACUGGGAUCGGCCUUGGCAGGUAUGGCCCAUUUCCUGUUCCCUCGGAGCUACCUUUGGCUAUAUGGCUGGUCUGAUUAUUGCACCUCUGUGGAUACACUGGAACCGGAAGCAGCUUACAUACAAAAGCAGAUAACUGGAGCAAAAAGAGACAAGAUACGGGCUUCUCUUUCAUAUCAUUCAGUCUUGCCAGAGUUUUUGGGUCAUCACGGAGAUCAAUCUAGCAAGAAAGAUUGAAGUCAUGCUGGAAUACUUUCUCUAAACAAAAGUCAGCAGGCAAUAUGAUACCCUCUUUUUAAAGGAGAAUCAUUCAAUCGAAUAUUAUCACUAUAAAAAUGGAGUCAUGUCAUGAUUCAGAUUGUGGACCCUUCCUGAUUCAAGAGCCCUCAAUUUAAGUUGUGAACCUUUAAUCUAGAAGGAAGAAACGUUUACUCUGUAAUUCAGUACUUCAGUUAGAUGUGAUCAUCUUCGAACACCAAAUGCAGUGGCAGAAAGAUUAACCUAUAGGUAACACCAACAUGUGAGUCACUUCAUAAAUGAAGCCCAGUCCACUACCCAUGAGAAGCAAGAGGAAAUUGUCUCAUUUCUCCCCUUUUCCUUUGCUUCAGCAAAUAUUGCAUGUGACUAAUAGUUGUAAACCCAAGAAAUUCCAGUAACAUGGGCAUGAGCAGACAAUUUUAUUGAAUAAGUCCCGUGACUUCUUAGAAAGUCACGUGGGAGACAUGCGGCCCAUCUUGCCACCGUGUUUACAAUGGACAUAAGUUUUUUAACAAAAUGGGGAUAGCUCAUUGGAGAACAGCACGUAUCUGUGUUUUUCUGCCACCUGUAAGGGUUGUUCCUCCAAAGGCAGAAGGAGUUGCUGCUCAGGUCCUGUUGGGCCUCAACUUCCAGCCCAGAGAAAAGGCACCAUACACUGAUCCUAAUUGUUUAAAUAAAAGUAGAACAGAACCAAAUAUACCUGUGUUCCUACUAGUAAAAAGGGAACAUUAGGUGCAUAUUCCUUCAACUCCGGUACCCAUUCUUCCUUCACAUUUUGAAAUGAAGCAGGGUUUACCACUGAGAAGCAGAUAAGGAAGACAUCGGUCAUAGGGUAAGAUAAAGGUCUCAGACGAUCAUAGUCUUCCUAAGGAAGAAAAAUUCUGUUAUCUGCAAUAUUAAACUGUUGCCUGUAUUUUAACAGUUAUAUUCAGAAACUGUAUUUGUAUUUCAUGAAGGUUGUUGAGGCAAACUUUCUGAAUGUUUAAAACUAUUCCAAGUUGGUUAGUGUCGCUGUUAGAGCAAAAUUUAUAUAUGAAGAUAACUAUAUGUGAAUGUAAAUAUUUUGAAAAAUGUGUUAAUACUGAUAGAAACUUGCUUCUCUAUGAGAAUAUACAGAAGAUUACCAUUCAAAAAGUUUUCACUUCAGGAAAAAAACAAAAGGCUUAUGGUUCAAACAUACUUGCAGAUCAAAGACUAGUAUUUGUAGAGAAAUGAGCAGGUGUGACUGCUGUAGAGUCAUCCAGGUUAUACAAAGCUAGACUAGAUUAAGGCUGUUUGAUGCACUUAAAUGUUCUAUUUUGGUUCAUACACAGAGGUGAUAUCUAAAGCCCUCCGUAGAAUUUUGUUUCUUAGAAACCUUACAGUCCUGUUCCUAGUGUUCAGGGCAGUAGGCAGGAUCAGAAGGGACCUCUUUUGUCUGACUGUGCUUUCUACUAGCAAGCCCAGCAAAGGAUUAGAUGGAACAGAAAUUCAGAAUCAAGAACACUAUGGAAUAUUAAUGCCUUUAUUUGUUUGUUGGGAGUGUGGGAGAGGAGUUAGUGUGAAAAAGUUAUUUAGGACAUUUAGAGCCCCAGCAUUUAAAGUCAGCAGUCCUACUGCCAGGGUAUACCAUACUGUGGCAAGACAAGUACCUAGGAGCAUUGCUCCUCUUGUAAAUCAGAGUUCUCUCUAGCAAGGGAGAAAGUGGAUUUUUGCCCCAUGUUUUAGCUGACAGCCAGAGGGAACAUGCCCCAACUUCUCUCUGCAAGGCUUCCUUUGGUCUUUGGUAGUGAACCAAUGCCUUACCAUUCCUACUAUAGAAUUUUGGUGGUUUUUGCAACAUAGAUAACUAAGACUGAGGCCAGGCAUUGCAGAGACACUAACAAAUGCUGGAUUUAUACCUUCCACAGUAAACACCAGUUUAUUAGGGCUGCUGCAGCAGUUUCCCUUUUUCCCAUGUAAACUCCCCAUCUUAAUUAAAUCUCACAAAUAUUGCAAUGAUUCAUUCAUUAAACAUAGAGGCAGAAAUGUAAUUCAAGUCCAUGUUUGAAAUGAGACAGAAAAUUAAAUUUUUGUUUCCUUGGGAACAGCCACAUUACCAGAUUAUUAACCUAUAGUCACACCCUCAGAAACGCACUUCAUUGAGUUGUUAGGUUUUAAACAUGGUCACUCGAAUUUCAGAAAAACUGUGAGAACAUCCUCAGAGCAGUUUCUGCUUGGCUCAUUUUUCCAUUUGGAAGUCAACAGCUGUGGGAAGAGAGCUGUUAUUCUCAUGAACUGGAGGAAAGACAAGCACAGGCAGAAAUUCUGCAGUAGCAAGGAGGUGAUCAUUCCUUGUCAUACUCUUAAGCCAUUUCGAGUAUCCACUCUAGUUUUGUAAACAGGCUUGUCAAUUAGCUAAAGCAUGCUUAAAUGUUGACAGGGCUUCCCAGUUUCACAACCACAGUAACUGACACCACUUUGAAGCUACAACAUUUGACAGGCCUUUUCCCUGCCAGUGUCAGGGUCUUGCCCUGAUUCAGAAGAAGGAAACAGUAACCAUGUCUCUUCCAAAUUUGUGGACAUUCAUCAUAGAAAGCAGAAAUAACUUCAAAACACCAACACAGGAAGUUGAAACUCUUUUAGCAUGCAGUUAGAUUUUUUAGACAUGUAUUUUAUGUUUCACUUCUACUACUGAAUAUAGCUAGAUCCUGCUCAGGGUUGCACUCUGUUUUCUGGGGUGGAGAUUAAAAUCCUAAAAGAAACUUCUCAACUACCAAUUACUCUGUUCCCUGGAGUACAAAAUCUGCAUGAAAGAACACACAGUGGACCCAUCAGUUGCUCUGAAAUUCAGCUCUAAAUCAUAUGUGGGGUAUUAGUGAAUAAGUUGUAUUUUUUAAAAAUCUACUUAAAAGCUGUAAUUUGUUCCUACUGCCAAAGAGCUGCCAUCCCUAUACUCUGCAUUUUCUAAAAAUCUCAUAUCUGGAUUAGGAUAACUAGAAUACUGCCUGCACUAAAAGCUGGAAUGGAGAAAGCCUUUCACUGUCGCCAGAAAUUACUGUUAGUCCAUUACCUUAAAAUAGCUCUUUAGUUAAUCCAUUUCAAAUUACAGAUGGACCUUUUAUUCAUAGCAAAUAUUAAUCAUUUUCUUAAAGCCAGUCUCAGGUCUGAGCUCCUUUCCUGCCCUGCAUUUGUUUGUGUGCCUUUUGAUUUAUACCCUGUUCCACUUGCACUGGGCCAGCUGUGGGCAAGUGUAUUUAAGAGUUAAACAGAAGGCAGGUACAGUGUGAUUGGAUACAUCAUGUACCACAGCCAAAGAUGUGUGUGCUAUUUGCUGCAGUGGCUUCACUGCAUUUAAGCUUCCUUAAAUUAUCAGAGAAUUUGGCCAUACCCACCAGCCCCGCUGCUUGAAACAUGACAGUGCUCUCAGGCUCUCCUUUGAACCUUGUGUGUGCUCUGAACAUCAGGUGUGCAUUGACACUAAUAGUGGCAGUAGUUCUAACAAAGCCUCCUACCACGUGAUUGGAGUGGUCCUGAGUCCUCCUGGGAGAAACUCUGCUUAAAUUUUGUCAACAUCUAGUAGGCCAUCUGGGCUUAAAGACUCCUUCUGCCUCCCAACAGCCCCUCAGAAACAGCAAUAAAACCUGUAAACUUUCUCUGAUGUAUUGGGCCAGCAUAACUGCUACAACUGGUAGAAGAAUCUGAAAUACCAAAUUAAUUUAGACUGAAUGUUAGAGAAGCCUAGAAAAAUCUUAUUGCUUCAACUAUAAUUUAUUUCUUCAAUCUAGUGUAAGGGAAAUAAAUGUGGUUUAUUCUAAAAUGAAAUGCAAUGGCAAAAUUGAUUAUGCUAGCCAGUCAACAUAAAUUCCAAUUUGAGUGCUUGUGCAUACCACACUAUACAGCAAUUAGAUAAUUAGACAAUCUGAUUGGGGGAGGCACUGCAUAUAUAUUUAGACUUUAAAAAUAUUUAAGGAGAUUAGCAGGAAUAUUUUAAGAAUGUGAAUAAGAUGGGCAAGAAAGCCCCGAAGGACUGAAAUAGUCAGUAUAAGUCUCAAAAACUUGAGGCUGUAAUAGUGAAACAGCUCAUUCUCCAACAUACUCUAGAGUUUAAAAAAAAUUGUUUGCUGAAGCAGGUGAAUACAGAAAAUAUGAGGGCUAUAUUAACUUCAGACAAAACUGGACACAAGAAUGUUGACUUAAUUAAUGUUCUGUGGAGCUGUGAUCCCUCUAAAAGACAUGACACUGCAGCAGGGCUAUUCAUAAUUUCCCUAGUAUCCCUGUGGAAAGCCAGGACAGCUGCCAGUACACAACAGACAUAAAGAAGGAGAUGAGAUGGAGCUAAGGACUUGGCUUCUCAAGUACAAACAGGGGGUUUUGUUUUUAAAGGGGAGAAUGGAAAUUCAGGUUUUAAAAUUACCAUGUCUUCUUAUGGUAGGCUGAAGGUAUAUCUAGCAUUGUCUUUAUCUUGGUUCCUGAAAAUCAAUCCUUUAGGUCUCCUUUUCCAUGUUACAGUACCUAAUCAUCUGCCUGAUAUUUUCUUCUGUCUUGUGUUUGAAUACUGUAUUUUGGAUGGUGAAGAGGAUUUGCUCUAACAUGUCCAAAAUCUGGCUAUUUUCAACAUUUACCUGUCCAGAAACAGAGGUCUUGGGAAACUUUUUGUAUGCAGACUGAAGAAUGAUACUGCAAUUCCACAGCAUUACAAUAUUCUUCAUUUCAUGGGUUUGCUCAGACCAAAAGCAGAACACAGUGUCCCGUUUCAAGUCAUGCAUUUGAUUUUGAACUGGUACUUUUGCCCAGUUCUAUGGAUAUCAGCUGAGACACAGCUAAAGAAAAGGAAACUGUAUUCCAAAUUCUGCCACUGACACAGUUUGUAGUCCUGAGCAAAUCAUUAUCCUCUCUCUGUUUGCAUUCUCCCAUCUGUAGGGGUUUGCUAGCUUAAUAAUGCAUUAGUCUUUGCAAAGCACUCCAAAAGCCUUUGAUGUACACAGCUUAUGUGCAGUGGGAUAUUUAAAAAAAAAAAUAAACUCAGACAAAGUGGACUAUAAUAAUUUCUGGACAACCUUCUUGACCCACAGAAAGCACUAUUUCCUUAUAUUUAUUAGAACACUGAGGUGAGAGGUGCAGACAUACAGAGGUUCUGUAUGUAGAGACCUUGUGGCUCCCCUGAUUUAUGGUAUCACACUCCUCCCAGCUCCAGUUGAAGUGAUGGACACACUGUCUGUCUGCAGAGACACCCCUCUGUCAGCAGUGUGAGACCACAGGCCUCCUGCUCAUCUGGAAUGGUAUUAGGGUCUCUCUGGCUGCUUCAGAGAGAUGGAAAGCAGUUAGUCCUUUGCAGCCAAUCCCUCCCACACCUUGACCAAGACCUUUGAGGAAGUCCAGGCCUCAGAUCUGCCAUUGUAAGUUGUGAAGACAAUGUUAACCUAGAUCUGUCUGGUUGAUUUUUAUUUCUUUGCUAGUGUUUUUAAGAAAAUAGGAGAAACCAAAUUAUGGUAUAUCAUUAACACUGAUGCAAGGGCCUAAGAUGUGUCAUGUUUUAGUUCACACUCCGUGUCUUGUUCUGACAGAACCAAAGUAAUGAAUUCUUUUAUGUGUUUUGCAGUUUAGGAAUGAAAUUUUAACAAUGCA